AGGUCAUUAUAUGCUAUAAUGUUCACAUAUGCCCCUGAAGGCCUUGUGCACGUACCGUAAGCUCUGCGGCAAGGCCAGCAUUCACAGAAUCACCUUGUCGCAACUGUCUUUCCUCCUUCGUACUGUCCAACGGAAAGUUGUUCAUCUUCUGCACUGAUUCUGACAUCAGGAAAUCUGUAAGAAUUCCCAAAUAUGCCUGCCCAAGGUACCACGCCCAGUAUAACUGCUAUCCAAGCUGUGAGUGGUACCCAAGCUACCACCCAGAGGGUCAAUGGUCACACUGACCAUCACAGGCGGCCAUCUGGUGAAAACGUACGCCUCUGCGUUACGGAGUACGCGAAGCACAACAUCAUACAGCGCAGGUACAGCCAGUCUGUCCUCGACUUUUGCCGACUGGCCUUCAGCACAGAGCCAGACCCAUCGCAACAGUUCCUCGACGUCGGCUGUGGCACGGGCGACUUCACCCGGGACGUCUUGAUGCCUCAGUGCCUGCCCUGCCGGAGAAUCGUCGGCGUCGACUGCUCACGAGAGAUGGUCGAAUACGCAAGACGCCAUUCGGCCCACGAGAAGCUCCGAUUCGAACUUCUCGAUAUCUGCGCUGACGUCACGUGGUUUCUGGAAAAGUUCGGUCAGUUUGAAAGGGUAUACUCUUUCUUCUGUCUUCACUGGGUGGAUGACAUCAGCGCAGCGUUCAAGAACAUCAGCAGGCUUAUGUCGGCUACGGGCGAAUGUCUCCUCGUGUUCUCUGCAGCGCAGGAGCCGGUGGAGCUUUGCAAGGUUGCAGUCAGAAUGUACCCGUGGGCAAAGUACUCAGAGACUUCUGCAAGGAGCCGGACUUUUCCCGACCAUUAUGGAAGCUCUGACAUCGACAAUGUUCGACGGAUGGAGCGAAGAUGAUAUCUUUGCUGCGUACAAGGCCAUUUCUCCGAUUUCCCAUCUGCUCACAGACCAGGAAAAACCUGCGUGGGAUACUUUCAUUCGAGAUCAAGUCCGAAAACUACACGCUCCCGAUGCUGGCAGAGGCCAGUGUCGAAUGUUCGUAGUGAAGGCAUCGAAAUCUCCACCAGAAUAUUACGAAAAAGCCUGAACGGGUACAGUCGAAUAAGAUUU